CGUCAGGAAACUUUUCUCGGCGGCUCCGAGGCGGGAGCGGAGCGGGGAGGCGGCCGCCAUCACCCGCAGCUAGGGUCCCGGGGGGCGGCUCGGGGUGCGCUGUGAGGGCAGCGGGGAAGGGCAGCGGGGAAGGGCAGCGCCUGUUGGUCUCCUGUUGAUCGCCGCUCCCAACUCGGCCGACGAGGUUAAAGUGGGGGUGAAAACACCACCAAACCCAGAAGCAUAGUUGACUGGACAUAUUUUCAACAUGAAUCGUGCUUUUAGCAGGAAGAAAGACAAAACAUGGAUGCACACUCCUGAAGCCUUAUCAAAGCAUUAUAUUCCCUAUAAUGCAAAGUUUCUUGGCAGCACGGAGGUAGAGCAGCCCAAAGGCACAGAAGUUGUCAGAGAUGCAGUUAGAAAGUUAAAGUUUGCAAGACAUAUCAAGAAAUCUGAAGGCCAGAAGACUCCCAAAGUUGAAUUACAAAUUUCAAUCUAUGGAGUAAAAAUUUUAGAUCCAAAAACAAAGGAGGUUCAGCACAAUUGCCAACUCCAUAGGAUAUCAUUUUGUGCUGAUGAUAAAACUGACAAGAGGAUAUUUACAUUUAUAUGCAAAGACUCAGAAUCAAAUAAGCAUCUGUGCUAUGUAUUUGACAGUGAAAAGUGUGCAGAAGAGAUAACUUUAACAAUCGGUCAAGCGUUUGACUUGGCUUACAGAAAAUUUCUGGAGUCCGGAGGAAAAGAUGUUGAGACAAGAAAACAAAUAGCAGGUUUACAGAAAAGAAUUCAAGAAUUAGAAACUGAAAACACAGAACUGAAGAAUAAAGUUCAGGAUUUGGAAAAUCAGUUAAGAAUAACACAAGUACAUGCAUCUCCACUGCUGCACAUAAAGUGUGAUAAUGAUGAACAUAUGUUUCAAAGACCCUCUACUUUUUUCUGGUGUAACAAUGAGGAUUCACCUCCUUGUUUAGAUAUCUCUUCCAUUACGCUUACUCCUAGGAGUUCUCCUGACUCUAGACUACCAGCUGGAUUGUUAAUACCACCACCUUCAAAAAGUGGUCUUCCAAAGACAACCAGUGAAUACAGCUGCCCGAGACCUCGUGCAGGCAGUGUGACACCUAAAUCACCCUCCACUGACAUCUUUGAUAUGGUUCCCUUUUCUCCCAUAUCCCCUCAGUCAUCAACACCUACUCGCAAUGGUACACAGCCUCCUCCAGUACCCAGUAGAUCUGCAGAGAUCAAGAGAGACCUUUUUGGAGCAGAACCUUUUGACCCUUUUAGCUGCGGAGCAGGAGAUUUCCCUCCAGACAUUCAGUCCAAACUAGAUGAGAUGCAGGAGGGGUUCAAAAUGGGAUUAACUCUUGAAGGCACAGUAUUUUGUCUUGACCCACUAGACAGCAGAUGCUGAUGCCAAGAAAAUAAAUGUGAAAUUCCUACGCAGUGUUUAUAUUUUGAACACAUAUUCACGAAUAUUAUCCAUGUGCCAAAAAUUGCUUUUUUCAACAUGUAAACUCAUAUGAGGUUUGCUUCUGUAAAAAUCCAACUUAGUUCCAGUCUUUCCCUGUACAAAUGUAAAAAGUUGUAUUUGUUUAUGAAAUAUGAAUUAAAUUACACUGUUGUGUUUCUUUCUCUCAAACAUUUGCCCAAGUUUACUAUGCUUUAUGACUAUUAGCCUGGAGAAGUUCUUCAGAAAGCUCACACAUACCUCUCUCUGCAAACAUGCAAGCAUGAUUUUUACAUAAUGCUUUACUUGGCAGUAUUUCGAAAUGAAAUUUUUAAGCCAUUAUUUAAAGUUCAAUCAGUCAAAUGAUUAAUUGCAACUGCAGUUAAGAAAGCAGAAAAUACCUACCAUUAAUAUAUGCUUAAAAGAAAUCUAAAUGCUAUGUAAUUAAUUUCUAUUACCUUGUACAGUUAUUACACUGUAUAUCUGUUGUUACUAGUUUGUAAAAUCCAUAAGAUUUUUAAGUCCUUAAAUCAUGUUUUAGAAGCUAACAAAUUGUUAGUCUGCUAAUUAGUGUUUAAUGAGCAUAGAAGAGCUGCUAAAUUGCAGAAAUGACAAAGUCACUGCCCUUUGUUUUGAUAUUUUAUAGCUAAACUGUAAGGUGUAUAAUUUGGAAUUCAUUACAUGCUAACAAUAAUUUGAAAAUGAGAUUAUGAUCUUGCAUUUACUUAGAAAUUUCUGUAAUUUUGUGCACAAGCAGGCACUCUGUUUACUGGGAUCAAUUCUGUAAGUUGGUUUCAACAUGUGAGCAUUCACUGUCAGGCUCUGUUGGAUAUUAUUUUCACGGACUGCAUCGAUAUUGUAUGUCUUAAUAUAAUUUUGAAGCUUGCUGCAAGAAUUGAAUAUGUUAAUAAGUCCUUCAUACUUGCUAGUUGUUCAUGUUACACAAACAACUGCAAACCAAAAUUUUCAACUGCUAGUGAGUUCAACACUGACCUGUCUAUGCAUACUCUUCACUAAUCUUGAACAUAAGCAAUAAAAUAAUAUGCUAAACUUAUAUCAUCAUCAGUGUUUUGAUGCCCGAACACCACCUUAGUUCAAUUUAAUCCUUUUAAAAAUUCUCUUAUUUUCCCCUUAUAAAACAUAAAGACGUGGAAAAAAAUAGAGCUUUUUGUGUAUUUUUUCCUUUUUUUAAAGAGAAGUUUUUUUGUGAUAGUGUUAUGGUUUUGUCCUUAAGAGUUACAGUUUACACAAAACAUGUAUUUUGCAAAUUCACAGUCACAUAUAUAUCUUCAUGCCCUGUUCAAUGAAGUACUUCUGCAAAGGCCUUUGAAAGUCUGCUGAAGUGAAUUCUUCCUGAAUGUAUUAUUCCUCUUCUGAAUUUGACAUGUGCUCAGGUACCUUGCUGAACAGGGGCCUUAAUGCUCUACAUGACAAUAGUCUUCCUCUCUGUUAGUCUCUUUUGAAUGUUCAUAUAGAGUAUUAUAUACAAAUAUAUAUAAAAUCACUAACAAAUAGAAUAGUAUAUGUUUCAUAAAGAAAAGUCUUUAUAAUUUUGUUUGUCAUAUAGUAUUUUGGAAUUUGUAUAAUGAGGAUGUUUAGUAGCCAUAGCAAUGGCCUUUUUUUAACAAAUAGAAUUUGUAUUUUUAUUGUACUUUAAAAAGCUUUACAUAAUAAGCAUAUAUUUAGUGGUCAUUUAUUAUCAAUGGUAACAUUAAUAUUUGCACAUUUUAAGAAUUACCAAUUUUUAUGAUAGUUGACUGCAAAUGGCAUGGUUAAUUGUUGCAUAACUGGUCAAUCCAUACAAAAACACUUAAAUCAACAAAACAGUGCAUUUUUAAUGAAAAGGUUCUGUGAUCCAAUUGGAAACUGUAUUUCUAUGUAAUCUCAAAUGUCUGUUUAAUUUUGCCUAAAAUAAAUGUUUUUAAAUAAAUUGCAUCCUAGAACAC